CUCAAGCAAGCACCCUGGCCAGUAGUUGCAAGUAUAUAAGCGCGAUGUCCCUGGCGCUCUGCUGCCAUGCAUCCAACUCCCCAAAACCUCACUCUCGCAUGCAGGAGCAGGAACACCAACACUGACGGCACACAGCGUCAUUUGGACCGUGUGUGCUUGAUCGAUCUUUUGCACAGCCGCGUUCGUCCUCCGGGAACGAUUGGAUAGCUAAGUAAGAAAGGAAGCCAUGGGUUGCUUGUUCCGGCGGCUGUUCCCGUUCCUGGCCGGCGCCGCCGUCGGCGUGUACGCGGCGCAGAACUACAAGGUGCCCAACGUCCGCGGCCUCGUCGACCGCGGCGUCGACGCCGCCAGGCGCUACGAGGAGGCCUACCGCAAGAAGCCAUCUUCGGCAGCUGACGCCGCCGCCGCCGGUGGGAGCGCGAGCGGCAGGAAGAAGAAGGUGGUGGAGGUGGACAUCGACGACGACGAACAGUAGCUGGCUGUAGCUUAUUACCACAAUACCACCGAUGUACAUCGUUGUACUACACUGUGUUGUACUUCUACUUAUUUGCAGUGUGAGGGAAUUAUUAUGUUGGAGCAAUGAAGAUUUCGUUAAUUA